AUGGUAAUGGAAAACCAGAAUCGCCCGUACGGCGGCAUGAGCUUCGACAAUGUCUAUCACCACAAUCCUCCGCAAUUCACAGAUCCCUGGGCGCACACUUCGUCGCACUCGACGCCGCCAGUCUACGCGACCUCCAUGGGCAACAGCGCUAGCAUUCCCAUCAAUCCCGUGAAGCAAGAGGAAGUCGGUCGCCCCGCCGCCAUGUCCAUGCCUUACCCCAGUAUCCCCGUUUCUGCGCCGUCUUUGGUGCCUGCCAGCAACUACACCACAGCCGGCUAUGGUCCGGAGGUGAUGGGCAUGCAACACGACGUACCGCGCACUGGCUUUGAGCAAGCCCCAACCUACACGACCGCCCCGCCCAUGAGCAGCUUUGCGCCGGCCAGCUAUGCGCCAGUGAACUAUGCUCCUCUGCACCCUUCCCAGUCCCAGGACGCUCGUCGUAUCUCGCAUCCUGAUGGUCGCGUGGGCUCUUCUGCCGCACCAGCUCCCACCCCGACCUUUGGCGACGCGCUCGAUGCCAGCCGCGGAAUGGUGGCGCUCAGCCAGGACUUGACCCCUCGUAACAUCUAUGGCCCCCGUGGCGGGCGAGGCUCGACCGAUUCCUAUGGCUUCCCCUCCACUCACUCCUCCGCCUCCUCGAUCUCAUCGGGAGGCAACUACCCCUAUUACAGCGCCUCGGUCGGAUCCGUGGACUCGUCUCCUCCUGGCUGGCAGCGCGCCCCCGGGCCUCAAUCAAUGAUGGGCCAGUUCAGCUCCAAGAUGCCCUCGAACACCCAAAAGAAGCACAAAUGCAAGGUCUGCGAUAAGCGAUUUACCCGCCCGUCUUCUCUGCAGACUCAUAUGUACAGCCACACAGGCGAGAAGCCAUUCGCCUGUGAUGUGGAAGGCUGCGGACGACACUUCUCAGUGGUCUCAAACCUGCGCCGACACAAGAAGGUGCACAAGGGCGAGAAAGACACUGGCUCCCCCGAUGACGAGGAGUAA